AUGAAUAGGCUGGCCAGGGUCUUCCGAGGCAAGGACAGGGAGGGAGAGGCGAAGCUCAUCAAGACGGAGGAGAGCACCCCUGGAGCAGCCCCCAAACCGCGCCAGGAGAAGAAACGGAUCCUGGACCCAUCGGGGGACUAUUAUUACUGGUGGCUGGUCACCAUGGUGUUCCCCAUCAUGUACAACUGGAUCAUCCUCAUCUGCAGGAGAGAGCUUGGAGGGGGCUGCCUGGCUUUGGGGCAGCUGCUGCUGCAGUGGGCGGGUUGUGGGUUCGGAUGCUGCCACCCAUCUCUCUCUCCUUCGCUCCCGCGCAGGUCCUGCUUCCCUGAGCUGCAGCGCAAAUACCUCUUCCUCUGGCUGGCCCUGGACUACCUCUGCGACCUACUGUACCUGCUGGACAUCGGGGUCCACUUCUACACGGGUUUCCUGGAACAAGGCAUCCUGAUCCAGGACCGCUCCAAGAUCUCGCGCCACUACACCUGCUCCUCCGCCUUCCUUCUGGACCUUCUCUCGGUGCUGCCCACCGACCUCCUCUACCUGCGCCUGGGCCUGGCCACCCCCGCCGUCCGGGCCAACCGCUUCCUGCGCAGCCCCCGCCUCUUUGAGGCCUUUGACCGCAUCGAGACGCGCACGGCGCACCCCAACUCCUUCCGCAUCUCCAAGCUGAUGCUCUACGUCUUCGUCACCAUCCAUUGGAACGCCUGCGUCUACUUCGCCCUCUCGGGCUACGUGGGCUACGGGGCGGACGAGUGGGUCUACCCCAACGUCAGCAUCCCCGGCUUCGAGCGCCUGCUGCGCCAGUACCUCUACAGCUUCUACUUCUCCACCCUCAUCCUCACCACGGUGGGCGACACGCCCAUGCCCCACCGCGAGGAGGAGUUCCUCUUCAUGGCGGCCGACUUCCUGCUGGCCGUCAUGGGCUUCGCCACCAUCAUGGGGAGCAUGACCUCGGUCAUCUCCAACAUGAACCAGGCGGACGACGCCUUCGUCCCCAACUCGGACCUGGUCAAGGGCUACCUGCGCACCCACUGCCCCAACCGCCGCCUCCAGAACCGCGUGGUGGAGUGGUACCAGCACCUGCAGAUGGAGAAGAAGAUGACCAACGAGCUGCAGAUCCUGCAGCACCUCCCAGAGCGCCUGCGGGCCGAGGUGGCCGUCAGCGUCCACCUGCCCACCCUCCGCAAGGUGCAGAUCUUCCAGAGCUGCGAGCAGAGCCUGCUGGAGGAGCUAGUCCUCAAGCUCAAGCCCCAGGUCUACAGCCCCGGGGAGUACGUCUGCAAGAAGGGCGACGUGGGCCGGGAGAUGUACUUCAUCCGGGAGGGGAAGCUGGCCGUGGUGGCUGACGACGGGGUCACCCAGUACGCCGUGCUGGGAGAGGGACUCUACUUUGGGGAGAUCAGCAUCAUCAACAUCAAAGGGAACAAGUCCGGGAACCGCCGCACGGCCAACAUCAAGAGCAUCGGCUUCUCGGACCUCUUCUGCCUGUCGAAGGAGGACCUGACGGAGGUGCUGGCCGAGUUCCCCAGCGCCAAGGCCAUGCUGGAGGCCAAGGGCAGGGAGAUCCUGCUCAAGAUGGACAAGCUGGACGUCAACGCCGAGGCGGCCGAGAUCGCCCAGCUGCAGGAGGAGGAGCGCCGGACGGCCGCCCUGGAAGAGGGCCUGGAUGCCCUGCAGACCAAGCUGGCCAGAAUCCUGGCGGGACUCGAAUCCAGCGCCUUUAAGGUGGCUCUGCGCCUGGAGCGCCUGGAGUGGCAGAUGCGGGAGUGGGGGGCUGAGGAGGAGGCGGAGAGGGAGGGGGCCGAGCCUUAGCCACCCCCCCCACACCCCACCUGAGGCAGUGAGGAAGCUGCCCACCCCACAGUUACAGCUGCCAGGCUGAGUCCUCCGGCCUACGAUGCACAUGGCCCCUGGUGCAGCCUGGGGGCUGGCGUGGGGGGGUGGGAUUCCUGCGUUGCAGUCUAGAUGAGCCUCAGGGGUCCCUUCCAGCUCUACGGUUCAGGGAUUGGCUUUGGGCUUCAGAGCAGAGGCUGGACAUCUGGCCAUCAGGGAUUCUGGAGUGGCGAUUCCAGCAUUGCAGGAAUGACCUCUGGGAGUCCCUUCUGACCCACGAUUCUGUGUGCCUCCACUCACGAAUGCACUCAGCAUAAGAGCCAUCUCUGCCCACGUAAUUACACAAAACAAAUGAAAUACAGUGGUGCCUCGCAAGACGAAAA